AUGGGUAUUUUGUGCGUGUCUAUAUCCGAUGGUUUAGACGCAGGGACGACUCGUGAUUUCUUUGCCAUUGAGGAGGCUAUGGAGAACCACAUGCCCAUUCAUUUGGAGCGCCUUAUUGGUGAACUCGACGAUGAAGACGGUGAAAUUGCUUGUAUGGUGGUUGAUUUGCUGGCUUCUUGGGCCAUCCAAGUGGCCAGAGGAUGCCGCAUCCCCGUGGUAGGCUUUUGGGCUGUCAUGCUUGCUACUUAUCGGUUGAUAGCUUCCAUACCUGAGAUGAUCCGCGCCGGCACCAUUUCUGAAACUG